GAUGGCACCUCUCAAUUCAUGUAGCAUUCUACUCUCUCUCUUCAUCCUUACCUUGUCUCACCAUCAAACACUUUCCUACUCAACCUCCACCCCAAACACAUUCGAGCUCAGUCCACGCGCCCUCGGCUCAGACGGACCGGCGCCGCGAGCCAUCCCGCUUGUACGGAGACACUCCCAGCAACUCCUCCGCAAACGCAGCCCGCACCUCGUCAAGGACUACGCGCUCAGACAGGCUGACCUGCUCAUCAACAAGUAUCCUCACCUUUCUCGCGGCUCCGGCGCUCCCGAUGAUAAACCUCUCCUCAGGGCUCGAGACCCUUCCGCGGCUGCCCUCAGCAAUGGAUAUGCUGAUUCAGAGUACUAUGGUGUCAUCCAAGUCGGCACACCGCCCCGGCCAUUCAAUGUUAUUCUUGAUACCGGCUCUUCGGAUCUGUGGCUAAUUGGACAGGGUGCCUCCUCAUCUUCAGCCCGUUCGGGGAGUGGCAUGUCUAGCAUCAGCUCUCCUAGCGCCAGCUCUACAAGUGCUACCGGAACCCCCUUCUCGCCCUCAAGCUCGAGCUCAUUUCAGUCGCGUUCUAACACGUUUCAGAUUACCUAUGGCUCUGGAUCUGCCUCUGGCACAGUCGGUACUGAUACCAUCACGCAGGGCUCAUAUACUGUCACCAACCAGGCUUUUGCUGUCGUCACAAGGCGACUCAGGUCUCUGUCAGCGAUGUAUCUGGGAGAUGUGAACUACAUCAGCCUUAAGUCCCAGUCCUACUGGCUUAUCGCCAUGGAUAGCGUCUCGAUCAACGGCCAGGUGCUCACUGGAAGUCAGAGUAAUGCCGUGGCCAUCGACACUGGAACUUCCUUGAUCGGAGCUCCCACUGCAAUCGUCGCUGCCGUCUACGCACAGAUCCCAGGCGCCCGGGCUGCUACUGGCUCUUACCAAGGUUAUUACCAGUUCCCAUGCAGCGCAAACCCAGUCUUGACGCUCACUUUCGGAGGGAAGCAGUACUCGAUUGCGCCAGAUGACUUCAACGUUGGCGCUGUGGACUCGGAUGGAAAGAUGUGUCUCGGCUCGAUCUUUGCGGUCGAGUCGUCGUCGAGUUCUUCGACCACCAAGUCCAGCAGCUCCCCCGCGUGGAUCAUCGGAGACAGCUUCUUGAAAAACGUCUACACCGUCUUCCGCGCCGCCGGCGACGGUGGACCGGCCGUCGGCUUCGCUACCCCCGCCAAUGGAUACCAGGAGCUCCUCCGCUCCGCGGGGACCGCUAAUGGGGCCGGCGUGACUAGCAACGGCGGGACGACCACUAAUGCUAGACACAAUCUUGCCGCCCCCAAAUCGAUCCCCAGCUUCCUAUCCUUUCUCCUCCUCUUCUGCCAUUAUCACUUGGACUCUACUCUGAUUUACUUUCCCCUUGUGUUUAUAAUCCACCACUUCGUUAAAGCAAGCCUUUCAUUGAUUUGA